CCUAGGCUCCUGGAGCGCGCCGGGCCGGGCCGUACCACCGCCGCCAGCGUCGCGGCCGCCGCCGCGCCAACCAUGUCGGCGGCCAAGGAGAAUCCGUGCAGGAAAUUCCAGGCCAACAUCUUUAACAAGAGCAAGUGUCAGAACUGCUUCAAGCCGCGCGAGUCGCAUCUGCUCAACGACGAGGACCUGACGCAGGCAAAACCCAUUUAUGGUGGCUGGUUACUCCUGGCUCCAGAUGGGACUGAUUUUGACAACCCAGUGCACCGGUCUCGGAAAUGGCAGCGGCGGUUCUUCAUCCUUUAUGAGCACGGACUCUUACGCUAUGCCUUGGAUGAGAUGCCCACAACCCUCCCUCAGGGCACCAUCAACAUGAACCAGUGCACAGAUGUAGUGGAUGGGGAAGGCCGCACUGGACAGAAGUUUUCCCUCUGCAUCCUGACGCCUGAGAAAGAGCAUUUCAUCAGAGCAGAGACCAAGGAGAUCAUCAGUGGGUGGUUAGAGAUGCUUAUGGUCUAUCCCAGGACCAACAAGCAGAACCAGAAGAAGAAACGGAAAGUGGAGCCACCCACCCCGCAGGAGCCUGGGCCUGCCAAGGUAGCUGUCACAAGCAGCAGCAGUAGCAGUAUCCCAAGUGCUGAGAAAGUCCCCACCACCAAAUCCACCCUGUGGCAGGAAGAAAUGAGAGCUAAGGACCAGCCCGAAGGAAGCAGCCUGAGCCCAGCUCAAAGUCCUAGCCAGAGCCAGUCUCCUACUGCUAGCUCCCUGCGGGAAUCAGGGCUAGACAACAAAGAAGAGGACAGUGCCAUGAAUGGUGACCGUGUGGACUGUGGCCGCAAGGUGCGGGUGGAGAGCGGCUACUUCUCCCUGGAGAAGGCCAAGCAGGACCUGAAGGCGGAGGAGCAGCUGCCCUUGCCGCUCUCCCCGCCCAGCCCCAGCACCCCCAACAGCAGGUAUGGUUGCCCUGAAUCGCCCUUCCAGGAGCUCGGCCGUUCCCUUCACUCCCCAGGUCCUCAAGCCCCCAGCCGAAUGGUCUACAGCAUCUCCCUCAGCAGCCUGGGUGAGGCCAGCCGGCCCCCUAUCCAUGAGGACUCCAGCAGCGCUAGGGGGCGGGAAACAGAAAGACUGGGGAGCACCUUUGCCUUUAAAGCCAGCAGGCAGUAUGCCGCCCUGGCCGACGUCCCUAAGGCCAUCAGGAUCAGCCACCGAGAAGCCUUCCAGGUGGAGAGAAGGCGGCUGGAGCGUAGGACUCGGGCCCGGAGCCCUGGCAGGGAAGAGGUGGCCCGUCUGUUUGGCAACGAACGGAGGAGGUCCCAGGUAAUUGAGAAAUUUGAGGCUUUAGACAUUGAGAAAGCAGAACACAUGGAGACCAAUGCAUCAGCCAUGCCCUCCCCAUCAAGUGAUACUCGCCAGGGCCGCAGUGAGAAGAGGACCUUCCCUAGGAAGCGGGACUUCACCAGCGAAGCCCCCACUGCUACUCUCUCAGAUGCCUCGGCUUCCCCCCUGUCUCCACACCGAAGAGCCAAGUCACUGGACAGGAGGUCCACGGAGUCCUCCAUGACGCCUGACCUGCUGAAUUUCAAGAAAGGCUGGCUAACCAAGCAGUAUGAGGAUGGGCAGUGGAAGAAGCACUGGUUUGUCCUGGCUGAUCAGAGCCUGAGAUACUACAGGGACUCCGUGGCUGAAGAGGCAGCUGACUUGGAUGGGGAAGUUGACUUGUCCACAUGUUAUGAUGUCACAGAGUAUCCAGUGCAGAGAAACUAUGGCUUCCAGAUACAUACAAAGGAGGGUGAGUUCACCUUGUCAGCCAUGACAUCAGGGAUCCGACGGAACUGGAUCCAGACCAUCAUGAAGCAUGUACACCCAACCACAGCCCCAGAUGUGACCAGCUCAUUACCAGAGGAAAAGAACAAAAGCAGCUCAUCUUUUGAGACCUUUUCCAGGCCACAUGAGAAGCAAGAGGUAGACCCUGGGCAGCUCGAUCCCGAACAGAAGAGAAGCCGUGCUCGAGAGCGAAGGCGGGAGGGCCGCUCUAAGACCUUUGACUGGGCUGAGUUCCGCCCCAUCCAGCAGGCUUUGGCACAAGAGAGGGCCAGUGCCACAAGGCCCUCUGAUUCCCGUGACCCUGGUCAUCCUGAAGCAGAAUCUGGAGAGUUGGAGCGGGAACGUGCUAGGCGACGGGAAGAGCGCCGCAAGCGCUUUGGGGUGCUGGACACCGUAGAUGGACCCAGCGCUGAGGACAUAGCUCUACGCAUGGACGUUGACCGGAGCCCAGGGCUUCCAGGAACUGAUCUCAAGACACAAAAUGUUCAUGUGGAGAUAGAGCAGCGAUGGCAUCAAGUGGAGACUACCCCUCUACGGGAAGAAAAGCAGGUGCCCAUUGCCCCCUUGCACCUGUCCUCAGAGGAUGGAAGUGACCGACUCUCCACACAUGAGCUUACUUCUCUGCUGGAAAAGGAGCUGGAGCAGAGUCAGAAGGAGGCUUCGGACCUUCUGGAGCAGAACCGACUCCUGCAAGACCAGCUGAGGGUGGCCCUGGGUCGAGAGCAGACAGCCCGGGAGGGCUAUGUGUUGCAGACUGAAGUGGCCACCUCCCCGUCCGGUGCCUGGCAGAGGCUCCAUAGAGUCAACCAAGACCUCCAAAGUGAGCUGGAAGCCCAGUGCCAGCGGCAGGAGUUGAUCACGCAGCAGAUUCAGACCCUGAAACGUAGCUAUGGGGAGGCCAAGGAUGCGAUCCGGCACCAUGAGGCCGAGAUCCGGAGCCUGCAAGCGAGGCUCAGCAAUGCUGCUGCUGAGCUAGCCAUCAAGGAGCAGGCACUAGCCAAACUCAAAGGUGAGCUGAAGAUGGAGCAAGGUAGAGUCCGCGAGCAGCUGGAAGAGCGGCAACACAGUGAGGCUGCCCUGAGCGGCCAGCUGAAGGCCAGUGAACAGAAACUCAAGAGUGCUGAGGCCCUGCUGCUAGAGAAGACUCAGGAGUUGCGGAACCUGGAGACACAGCAGGCGCUGCAGCGGGAUCGGCAGAAGGAGGUGCAGAGGCUACAGGAGCGCAUCGCUGACCUCAGCCAGCAGCUGGGUGCCAGUGAGCAGGCCCAGCGGCUGAUGGAGGAAAAGCUGCAGAGGAACUACACACUGCUGCUAGAGAGCUGUGAGGAGGAAAAGCAGGCCCUGCUACAGAACCUGAAAGAAGUUGAAGACAAGGCCAGUGCCUAUGAGGACCAGCUGCAGGGCCAUGCACAGCAGGUGGAGGCCCUCCAGAAAGAGAAGCUGAGUGCCACAUGUGAGGGCAGUGAGCAAGUACACCAGUUAGAGGAACAGCUGGAAGCCCGGGAAGCCAGCAUCCGCCAGCUUGCCCAGCAUGUGCAAGGCCUCCGUGAUGAGCGAGACCUCAUCAGGCAGAGGUUCCAAGAGCUUAUGGAGCGUGUGGCCAUGUCUGAUGGGGACGUGGCCGAGCUCCGGGAGAAGCUGAGAGGAAGAGAGGCCGACUACCAGAGCCUGGAGCACUCACACCGCAGAGUCUCUGGCCAGCUGCAGAGCAUGCGCACUCUGCUGAGAGAGAAGGAAGAGGAGCUGAAGCACAUUAAGGAAGUGCACGAGAGAGCUCUGGAAAAGAAAGACCAGGAUCUCAAUGAGGCUUUGGUUAAAAUGGUUGCCUUGGGGAGCAGCUUAGAGGAAACAGAAAUUAAGCUGCAAGCAAAGGAAGAGAUUUUACGGAAAUUUACAAGUGACUCUCCAAAGGAUGUAGAAGAGCCUCGGAGCACUCCCGAGGACACGGAGGAGGAUGGUGUUCUGCUCUUGGAUCAACAACUCCCAGCUGCUGGAGCACCUCUAGGCUUUCCCCACAUUAAGCUGGAGAAUGAGGAACCUAGCACUGGUCUGGGAGAGGAGAGUGGCAAUGGCAGCCCUGACAGAGAAGAGCAUGCCGUGUCCUCCAAGUCUGUGGAAGUGCCUGAUAGAGAAGGACAUCCACAGAGCACAGCCAAGCCUGACCAGGGAACAUCUGGUGUUAAAAGGCAAAGAAUACGGUUCUCCACCAUCCAGUGCCAAAAAUACAUCCACCCUGAGGGAUCUGAGAAGACCUGGACCAGCAGCACAUCAUCAGACACCAGCCAGGACCGGUCCCCCUCGGAGGAGAGCAUGUCCUCAGAGGCCACCCCCAGUACACUGCCCACAACAGGAGACUCCGAGACAUACCUCUCCAUAAUCCACUCCCUGGAGACCAAGCUCUACGUCACAGAGGAGAAACUCAAGGAUGUGACUGUGAGACUAGAGAGCCAGCAGGGCCAGAGCCACGAGGCGCUGCUUGCAUUGCACCACCAGUGGGCUGGCACUGAGGCACAGCUCCGUGAGCAGCUCCGUACCAGCUUGCUGCAGGUGGGUGCACUGGCCUCCCAGCUGGAGCAGGAGAGGCAGGAGAGGGCCACAAGCAUUGAGAACCACGUUGGGGAGUUGGGAGACUUCCAAGCAAAGAACAGCCAUGCCCUGUCAUGCUUAGAAAACUGCCGAGAACAGUUGAAGUCUCUGCCAAAGGCCGACCAGGAGGAUGAACAGGACACACGUGCAGCCUCCCUGGCCAAUGUAGAGAAUGCACUCCUGAGUGCCAUUGAAGCCUUGCGACCCUGGGCAGCCCUUGCAGAAAGCGGAGUUGAGGCUGGGCAGGAGAAAGGGCAUUCUGUGGAGGGUAAGAUGGCAGCCCUCACACAGCAACCCGGCCAGUCAGUGCUGAGUGAGCAAGAGCACAUGAAGCUGCUCUCUGAUCAGAUAGCCCUGGAGGCUUCACUCAUUAACCAAAUAGCAGAUUCUUUAAAGAACACAACCUCUGAUGUAUCUUGUGUUCUUCAUGAGCUUGCUCAGUCAGGAGAGUGGCCACUGGAAGGAGAAAGUGCCAUUGUCUCCUCUGGGGCUCCAGUGGAAGCCUGGGCCAAGAAAGUGUUAGUGGAUGGUGAGUUCUGGAGCCAGGUCCAGUCCCUUAGUAAGCACUUGGGGACACUGGGAGAAGAGGCAACUGACACAUCAGGAGGUGAACAACAGCAUGUGCCCCGAGGCCUGGCUGAAGCCACAUGGGUCCGAGCAGAGCUCAGCUUUGCCACACAGUUCAUAAGGGAGUCAUUCCACCGCAGGCUUCAGAGAGUCCAGGAGACUCUGCAGGGGACCCAGACAGCCCUACAGCAGCACAAGUGUAUGCUGAGGGAAAUCCUGGGUGCUUACCAAACCCCUGGCUUUGAGAGAAUGAUGCAGCAGAUUUCAGAAGCCCUUGAGUAUCCAGCACGCAUUGAGGACAGUUGCCAGAUAUCCUGGGACCUGAACCCAUUAGAAGAAGUACGGAAGCCAGGUUCAGAUGGCACUCAGGAACCCUUGCUCCACCAAAGCCCUGGGAUCCUUGUUGCUAUUCAGGAAGAGCUUGCCCAGCAGCUGAGGGAGAAGGCUAAUGUCCUCAAAGAGAUCGCUGCUGCCUUGCCAGCUCUGCCACCCUCAGAGUCACUCCAGAAUUGUCAGAAGCUUCUACAGAUGUCCCAGAAUCUCUCAUACAAUGCUUGUCUGGCAGGCCUCAGUCAGUAUUCUUCAUUACUGGUUCAAGAUGCAAUUAUUCAAGCUCAAGUGUGCUAUGCAGCCUGCAGAAUUCGGUUGGAGUAUGAAAAGGAAUUGCAGUUCUAUAAGGCAUCCUGGAAAGCCAGGGGGCCUUCUUGCCAGGAGCAGGCACACGCAGUUGGGGUCCUGCGAGAGGAAUAUGAAGAACUGCUUCGUAAGCAAAAGAGUGAAUACUUGGAAGUGAUCACCCUCAUUGAAAGGGAAAACACUGAGCUCAAGGCCAAGGUGAAUCAGCUAGACCAUCAGCAAAGGUGUCUCAAAGAAGCAGAAAGCAAACACAGUGAAAGCAUGUUUGCCCUGCAGGGCAGGUAUGAAGAGGAGAUCAGAUGUGUGGUGGAGCAGCUGAAUCGCACUGAGAACACACUGCAGGCUGAGCGCAGCCGGGUCCUAAGCCAGCUGGAUGCCUCAGUCAGAGAUAAACAGGACAUGGAGCGGCAGCAUGUACAACAGAUGCAGACACUGGAAGAUAGGUUCCAGCUGAAGAUCAAGGAACUUCAGGCCAUCCAUGAAGAAGAGCUGAGAGCUCUGCAGGAGCACUAUGCACGGAGCCUUCAAGAGACCCUUGGUCUCUGCCAACAGCGGCACUCUGAGGCUCUUUCAGUUUCCUCCCCCUGCUGGCAGCCUGAGCCUGGGGAUGCCCAGGAGGCUGACAGGGAACCUGACUCCAUGACCGGGCUGCGAGAGCGCAUCCAGGAGCUAGAGGCCCAAAUGGAUGUCAUGCGGGAAGAGUUGGGCCACAAGGAGCUAGAGGGCGAUGCAGCUACACUACGGGAGAAGUACCAGCGGGACUUUGAAAACCUCAAGGCCACAUGCGAGCGAGGCUUUGCUGCCAUGGAGGAGACUCACCAAAAGAAGAUUGAAGACUUGCAGAGGCAGCACCAGCGGGAGCUGGAGAAGUUGAGGGAGGAGAAGGACCGCCUCCUGGCUGAGGAGACCGCAGCUACCAUCUCAGCCAUUGAAGCAAUGAAGAAUGCUCACCGGGAGGAGAUGGAGCGAGAGUUAGAGAAGAGCCAGCGGUCCCAAAUCAGCAGCAUCAACUCCGACAUUGAAGCCCUUAGGCGGCAGUACCUGGAAGAGCUGCAGUCAGUGCAGCGGGAGCUGGAAGUCCUCUCAGAGCAGUACUCACAGAAGUGCCUGGAGAAUGCACACCUGGCCCAAGCGCUGGAGGCCGAGCGGCAGGCCCUACGGCAGUGCCAGCGUGAAAACCAGGAGCUUAAUGCCCAUAACCAGGAGCUGAAUAACCGCCUGGCUGCGGAGAUCACAAGGUUGCGAACACUGCUGACCGGGGAUGGUGGUGGGGAGGCAGCUGGAUCACCCCUCACACAGGGCAAGGAUGCCUACGAGUUAGAGGUCUUGUUGCGGGUCAAGGAAUCAGAAAUACAAUACCUGAAGCAGGAGAUCAGCUCUCUCAAGGAUGAACUCCAAACGGCACUUCGGGACAAGAAGUACGCGAGUGACAAGUAUAAAGAUAUCUACACAGAGCUCAGCAUUGCCAAGGCCAAGGCUGACUGUGAUAUCAGCAGGCUGAAAGAGCAGCUAAAAGCAGCUACAGAAGCGCUGGGAGAGAAAUCCCCUGAGAGCACUGCUGUGUCGGGAUAUGACAUAAUGAAAUCUAAAAGCAACCCCGACUUCCUCAAGAAAGACAGAUCCUGUGUUACCCGGCAACUCAGAAACAUCAGGUCCAAGAGUCUGAAGGAAGGCCUGACGGUGCAGGAGCGUUUGAAGCUCUUUGAAUCCAGGGACUUGAAGAAAGACUAGCUGCGUCCUGGUCCACUCAACACGCACUCUUCCCAGCUGGCAGCGGCACAACCCGAGCGUGGCUUCUUGUCUGCACCUUUGUUUUUUAUUGUACUGUCAACGUUAGCUGUGGGUAUGGAUGCAUGAGAGACUGGUGUAUGGGUUGUCUGCACCAUUCCCUGCUGUGUUGGUUCUGACUUCUCGUUGUCUUUAUCACAGCUUUUUCCCAUGGUAUUCCAAAAGUAGUCAAGCUCAAGCAGUGGGGUGAGCAGCGCCCUCCCGCUGUCCCAGGGCACUCACUGUCAGUAUUAAGGCACAGCAGCCUGUUGAUAAGCUAGCCCUGCCUCUGAGCACAAGUGCAGGAAGCUGCCUGUGGCUCUGCUCUGCUGCAUGAGCCUGAGCACUCACAGAUGGACACAACCCUGCUGGGCACAGCAGAGCCACCUGGCUGUCUUGGUUUGGCCUACGGUGGCUCGCCAGCCUGGUUGCUAGAGGAGGAGGAGGCCUGGGGUGGGGGUACAGCCUACAGGCAUUGCCUUUUUGGCCUAGGAGGAUAGCAUUUUGUAUUUGUUCCACUAAUGCAGCUUAGAACCACGCCCCAGAUAAUCCUGGCAAACCUUUCACAACCUGGAAAAUGUUGAAAGCAGCCAUUCCUAUUUUUGUUUUUUAUUAAAUCUUGCACAAAACCCCUGGCCCUCUCAUUCCUUCCUCCGCCCAUGCCCCCCCUGUUCUGCAGUCACUGUCUUCCAGCUGCGGGGAUUGGUGGCCUGCAGCCUGGGGCUUUGGCUGCCAGAAGUGAAGAAUUCCUCCAGGAGUCUCCAGAGGGGAGAAGGUUGCUGGGUUUAAGUCUUCC